AUGCAAUCAAAAAAUGUUUCAAAAAAGCAAUUCAAAAAUGCCAAUAACAACGUAAGAAAAACUAAUCCAUUUAAAAGAAACUCGAGCAAUGCUAACGCCAACAAAUUUGAAAAAAAAAUAGUAGAGUUCAGAGAUUCCCAAGAUUUAGAUGGCUAUGAUGAUGAGGAUGAAAUAUAUGUGAAAAAAUCGUCUGUUGGCGAUCUUAAAAGAAAAGCAGCAGAUCUGUUGAAAACCAGAUCUACUCUGACAGUUUACAAAAACAAAGAUGAAAUUAUGAAAUAUAUUGAAAAUUGUCAGGUAACUGUUUUGAUUGGUGAAACAGGUUCCGGUAAAUCCACCCAAAUUCCUCAAUUUCUAUUAGAGUCAAACAAAUCUAAGAAUAAAAAAGAUAGCUUUUCGAUUGCCGUUACACAACCCCGUCGUGUUGCUGCUAUUAAUUUAGCAAAUCGUGUAGCUCAAGAAUUCGGUUGUAAUAUAGGUGAUCAGGUUGGUUAUUCGGUUAGAUUUGAUAAUAAAACAUCUUCAAGAACUAACUUAAAAUAUUUAACAGAUGGUAUGUUAUUAAGAGAAUUAAUGAUUGAUAAACAAUUAAAAGAUUAUAAUGUAGUGAUAAUUGAUGAAGCUCAUGAAAGAACUGUUUUAACUGAUUUAAUAUUGGGUUUCCUGAAAUCUUUAAUAAUGGGGCCACGUCCAGACUUAAAAAUUAUUGUUAUGUCAGCCACUUUACAAGCUGAAAAAUUUAGUGAGUUUUUUAAUAAUGCUCCAAUUUUAUUUGUAGAAGGUCGUAAAUUUCCUGUUACUCAAUAUUAUUUAAAGGCUGCAUCAGAUGAUAUUGUCGAUAGUAUUAUUAGAUGUUGUGUUCAAAUUAAUCAAGGUGAACCGAUUGGUGAUAUUCUUUGUUUUUUACCAGGUCAAGAAGAAAUUGAUAAAGCAGUAACAAUUGUUAAUAAAAUUAGUGAACUUGUGGCUUCAAGCUCCGAACAUCGAGUACCUUCUAUGGUGGCCUAUCCAUUGUAUGCAGCAUUACCUCCUUCAAAGCAGGCUCAAGUCUUUUUACCAAUAAAAGGAUUCAAAAGAAAGAUUGUUUUUAGUACUAAUAUUGCGGAAACUUCUGUCACCAUAUCAGGUGUAAAAUAUGUUGUUGAUUCAGGUUUACGUAAAGUAAAAGUUUGGAGACAUCAAUUGGGGUUGGCAACAUUAUUGACAGUUCCAAUUUCACAAGCCAGUGCAAUGCAACGAACGGGUCGUGCGGGUAGAGAAACUGCAGGUAAGUCUUACAGAUUGUAUCGUGAAAAUGAUUUUGAAAGUCUACCACUUCAAACAGAACCAGAAAUCGCAAGAUCAGAUGUUACAUCACCAGUUUUGUUUUUAAAGAGAUCAGGAGUUCAUGAUAUUGUAAAUUGGACUUGGUUUGAAAAUCCGGGAAAAUCUUCAUUGGUAAUGGGUUUACAAGAGUUAUACCAAUUAGGUGCGUUAGACGAUAGUGGUAAAAUUACUAAGCGAGGUGAACAAAUGGCACUAUUACCAUUAGCACCACAUUUAAGUAGCGUUCUAAUAUCUGCAAGUGAAACCGAUUGUUUGAAUGAAGUUAUUGAUAUUGUUGCCUGCUUAAGUGUUGAGAAUUUAUUACUAAACCCUUUACCAGAACAAAGAGACGAAGUGAAUGAAAAUCGAAUAACUUUAUGCAACAAUGGUAAGAAAUAUGGUGAUCUAAUUAUGCUAAAGGAACUGUUCAAUAUUUAUUUUUAUGAAUUAGAUACAAUUCAAGACGAUAAAAACAUUGAGAGAAGUAAUUGGUGUAAAGAUUUAUGUAUUUCAUAUCGUGGUUUUAAAAAUGUUGUAAAAGUUAGAGAACAAUUGAGAAUGUAUUGCAGGAAAUUAUUUAACAAUAGUAAUAACAUCACAGAAGAUGAAGCUAAAACAAUGGACCUUGAUAAUGAAAAAAUUGCAAAAAUUCUAAAAUGUUUCUUAAUUGGAUUUUCUAAAAAUACUGCAAUUGGUAUGCCUGAUAGAUCAUAUCGUACAGUCACAACUGGUGAGGCUAUUAGUGUUCACCCCUCUUCCUUGUUGUUUUUAAAUAAAAAUUGUCCUGGUAUAAUGUACACCGAAUAUGUCUUCACAACUAAAGGUUAUGCUAGAAACGUUAGUAGAAUUGAACUUUCAUGGUUACAAGAGAUUGUGACUAUUGGAAAUGUAACAUCUAAAGAAAGAGUAUCAAAAUAG